AUGCCGAGACAGCAGAGCCUGCGGUGGCUGCGCGGCGCGCGGCGCUAUUUCGAGCCGGGCGCCGUCGCCGAGGCCCUCGUGGCGAUCGGGUCGGCCGUUUUGCUGUGGAUGGGCUGGUGGAACCUGACUUACAUCCUGCUGCCGCCGCAGUGGUACUGGUGUGCCGCAGAGAUCAUUGUUGGGAUCCUCGGACUGUUUGCGACGCGCUCGAUGUACGACAAGGCGAUGCUGAGGGACAGUCGCGCCGACGGUCGCGCCGACACGUCGCUCGAAUCGAUCAAGGUGGAAGUGCCGUCGGAUGCCGGCGGCGCACGCGUCUGGACCGGCGAGCAGCUUGCCACACGAGCCUCCGCGUCGCGCGGCGCGGCGGCCGGCAACGCGGAGGAGGGCUAUGAGGAGCAUCUCGCAGCGUGGAGGUCGCAUCUUGCGGCGUGGAGCGCCGCCGGCCCGCGAGCCAAUAGCGACGAGGCUGAAACUCUCGCCACGCCGCAGCCGACACCACCGCCAAGAACGAGGCGCAACCGCCGGCGACGCUACUUCGACGCUCCGAGGCCCGACGCGCGGCGGGGCUGCCGGGCGCUCUUUGCGCUGCUGAUGGGCCUCUCGGUGUGGACGGGCUUCUGGAACGGCGUUGCUCUCUGCCUCCCAGCCGAGGUCGUUGCCUGCUGCGCGAGCGCCGAGGCCGACCCGGGCCCCAAGCAGCUUGUCCGCGCGCCGUGGUGCGUGCUGGCGAAAGUUACACUGAUGGCCCUUGGCACGUGCGGGCUGUGGGCCACACGCUCGCUUUACGGCGACAGGCAGGUCCACGGCGCGCAACACCAGCGUAUGAGAUAG